GGUAUGGGAUAGUUUGAUAACUAGCUGAAUGAUUAUACAAACACGCUUGCCUAAUUUAUUUUUUCUGAUUAACGAAUAUUGAUUCAUUUGAAGCAGUUGUAUCUCUAUAACAAACAAGUCAAGUAACAUAUUCAUCAUGUUGAAACAAACUUUGAACAAACGUGCGUAUUUUUUAUUCGCUAAAAAUUAUUAUAAGCGGUUUUGUGUCAGUUCUGGAAAUAUUCGUGAGUUCAGUUCAAAUGUCGAUCAUUAUCUUAGUAAAGAAAACUUCUCUGAUAGACACAUUGGACCCGAUGAACAGGCUGAAAAAUCUAUGCUGAAAAGCAUCGGAUAUAAGACGACAACUCAGUUAUGCGACGAUGUAGUGCCAAAAAAUAUUCAAUUGAAUGCAAGCCUAAAUCUAGAUGAAGCCUUAAGUGAACCUGAACUGAUUGAAAAAGGUAAAAAAAUUGCUGAAAAAAAUGAAAUAUGGAGAAGCUACAUUGGAAUGGGAUAUUAUAAUUGUUACGUACCAACACCAAUUCUUCGAAAUGUUUUUGAAAAUCCAGGAUGGACAACUCAAUAUACACCUUAUCAAUGCGAGAUUGCUCAAGGUCGUCUGGAAAAUCUAUUCAACUUUCAAACCAUGAUCAUCGAACUGAGUGGAUUGGACGUAGCAAACGCUUCGUUGUUAGAUGAAGGGACCGCAGCUGCUGAAGCUAUGACUUUAUUUUACAGGAAAAAUCACAAAACAAAUGUUUUCUUAUCGGAUGCUUUACAUCCGCAAACCAUAAGCAUCGUGAAAACAAGGGCGCAAUCUUUGGACUUGAAUGUAGUCGUUGGAGAUAUUUGGAAAGAAGAUUUCAGCAAUAAGAAUUACUGCGGAGUGAUAUUCCAAUAUCCAGACACAAACGGUGAUAUUUUUGAUUUCAGCGAAGUGGUCAGCAGAGCUCAUAAAUCUGGCUCAUUUGCAGCCUGUAUCACAGAUUUAUUGGCACUGUGCGUUCUAAAACCUCCCGGCGAGUUUGACGUAGACGUAGCCUUAGGCUCGUGUCAACGAUUUGGAGUACCAUUGGGGUAUGGAGGACCUCACGCUGCUUUCUUCGCCUGCAAAAAAUCGCUGAUGAGAUUGAUGCCGGGAAGAAUGGCCGGAAUUACCAAGGACGCUGAUGGACAAGUAGCAUAUCGUCUCACAUUGCAGACACGUGAGCAGCACAUCAAAAGAGAUAAAGCUACUAGCAAUAUAUGCACAGCUCAGGCUCUAUUGGCCAAUAUGUCUACUUUAUUUGCAAUUUACCACGGGCCGGAAGGAUUACGGAAAAUAGCUAAUCGAGUAAAUUUUCUGACGUCUGCUUUAAACAAAGGUUUAAAGGAAGCUGGACACGUUGUAAAAAAUGAAUACUUUUUCGACACGUUGAAAAUUUAUCCGAAAAAUUCAUCUUCUGUUGUGCCGAAACGAGCUAAUGAGAAAGGAGUUAAUUUGAGAUUUUUCUCCGAUAAUUCGAUUGGCGUAUCACUCGAUGAAACUGUUACUGUUCAAGAUGUCAACGAUAUUUUGAGUAUUUUCGAAGCAAAACCAUUAAAUCCGGAAAUACUUGGCGAUGUCGAUUCGCAGGGAAUGUUGUUGAAUUCAAAAUUUGCCAGAAAAGGAGAAUUUUUAACUCAGCCAGUAUUUCACAGUCAUCACUCUGAAACUAAACUCAAUCGCUUCAUUAAAAUGCUAGAAAAUAAAGAUGUCUCGCUGGUCCAUUCGAUGAUACCAUUGGGCUCUUGUACCAUGAAACUGAACGGAACAACUGAGAUGAUGCUAUGCAGUUUACCAGGAUUUACAAAUAUUCAUCCUUUUGUACCCAGAGAACAAGCUCAAGGAUAUUCCGAUCUAUUCGAAGAAUUAGAACAAGAUUUGUGCUCCAUUACCGGUUACGAUCGAGUUUCUUUGCAACCAAAUAGUGGAGCUCAAGGAGAAUACGCCGGAUUAUGCGCCAUUCAAUCGUAUCAUCGCUCAAGAGGAGAAGAACAUCGUAACAUUUGCCUGAUUCCUAUUUCAGCCCAUGGCACAAAUCCAGCUUCAGCUAAAAUGGCAGGAAUGGAAAUCGAACCGGUGCUUGUGUCUAAUCAAAAUGGUGCAAUUGAUAUCGACGAUUUGAAAUCAAAGGUGGAAAAAUACAGCGAUAAAUUAUCUUGUAUCAUGAUCACGUAUCCAUCGACUAAUGGAAUUUUUGAUGAAAGUAUCGUGGAAAUUUGUGAUUUAAUUCACGCUCAUGGAGGACAAGUUUAUUUGGAUGGUGCAAAUAUGAACGCUCAAGUAGGACUAUGUCGACCUGGAGACUACGGCUCAGAUGUUUCUCAUUUAAAUCUUCAUAAAACAUUUUGUAUUCCUCAUGGAGGAGGUGGCCCUGGAGUUGGACCUGUCGCUGUGAAACUUCAUCUGGCCCCGUAUUUACCUAGCCAUCCUAUAUUAGUUUCGGAGAACUGGAGAGAAAAUAAUAACGUAUUGCCUACAAUUAGCGCUGCUCCUUUCGGUUCUGCGUCUAUUUUACCUAUAUCUUGGGCUUAUAUUAAAUUAAUGGGUUUCAAAGGUUUGAAGAAAGCUUCAGAGAUUGCCAUUUUGAACGCUAAUUAUUUAUGUAAACGACUACAGCCGCAUUAUAAAAUAUUAUACACGAGUUCUAAAGGAUUAGUAGCUCAUGAGUUCAUUUUAGAUGUAAGAGAAUUUAAAAAUACUGCCAAUGUGGAAGUUGUUGAUAUCGCUAAAAGAUUAAUGGAUUACGGUUUCCAUGCUCCUACGGUUUCUUGGCCGGUAGCUGGUACAUUAAUGGUAGAACCUACCGAAUCUGAAGAUAAAGAUGAACUAGAUAGAUUUUGCGAAUCUUUAAUCAGUAUACGAGAAGAAAUAGCUGAAAUUGAGAAUAAUAAAGCUGAUAAAAAUAAUAAUUUAUUGAAAAAUGCUCCCCAUUCGUUGCGACAGAUCACAUUUGGAGAAUGGAACAAACCGUAUUCUAGACAACGUGCAGUUUUUCCAUUGCCUUUCGUUAAACCUCAGUCGAAAAUAUGGCCUACCGUUGCCAGAGCUGAUGAUGUAUAUGGUGAUAAAAAUAUCGUGUGUUCGUGUCCUCCUAUGACUGAGUACAACUGAAAAUGCAUUUAUUGCUUUUGCAACGAGUAUUAUUUCUUUUUGAUUGUGUGUUUAUAUAAAAUUAUUUUUAUAUUACAUUUUUCAUUCAGUGUCAUAA